AUGGCCUCAGGCGCAGGCCCUACGCUUGCUCAUCGAACUGUGACCAGUAUCCGUGGAGGUCCUUCUCAGGGGCCAGGUCCCUCCGCUCCACACACCCCAACUCGCUCCUCUAUUACUUCCAUCUACGGCUCGCCAUCAGCUGUUCGUGCUGAUGAUGAUAUCAUCAUUAUCGAGCUAGGCUCACGCCAUAUCAGAGUGGGAUUUGCUGGCGAUACUUCCCCUAAGGCAACCCUUCAAUGCAGUCCUGAAGAUCAACGUCGUGCUGGAGACUUUCGAGGCUGGCAACUACCAAAACGGUCAGCUGGGCUGCACUGGUCAAGAGAACACGAGUUCUGGCGAUAUGACUUGAGAGAUAUCGAGCUUGGCUUAUACCAGGACAAAUUGGAACGUGUGUUACACGAUGCCUUCUCAAAAUACUUGCUCAUCGACUCCAGACCAAGGAGACUCGGACUAGUCUUAGACUCCGGAGUACCGAUACCACUAUUAACAACCUCUUUGGAUACCAUGUUCAGCAAGUUCCAGUCACCUACUAUCUCUCUAAUGUCAACGCCAUCCAUGUCCGCCAUCUCAGCAGGUGUCAGGUCUGCCCUUGUUAUAGACAUGGGGUGGGCGGAAACAGUUAUUACCAGUGUCUACGAAUAUCGUGAAGUAAAAACAACACGCACGGUCCGAGGCGGCAAAGCCCUUCUUGACGCCUUGUAUACAACACUUGGGGGCUUAAUACCAGGAGAGCACGAUGCCACCAAGAAAAGAGCUAUCAGUUUCGAAGAAUGCGAAGAUAUUAUGUGUCGCUUGAUGUGGUGUAAGCCAUCAGAGUUCCGAUUAUCUCAACGGCAGUCAAGCCAGCUGGAGACAGUGGACGAGCAGGAAGAGAUCGAUGAAGACGAAUCGACGCAAGCUGGCAUUCCCACCGGAGUUGCUCAAAUACCCAUCACCACAAGUUCUCGUCCACUAACGGUGGAAAUCCCUUUUGAGGAACUUGCUGAGGUUUGCGAUGAUACCUUUUUCGACCCUUCAGCAGACCGAGCAACGUUUGACGACGAUGAACUACCCCUACAUCUGCUAUUAUAUAGACACCUUUUGCAACUACCGCUAGAUGUGCGAGCCAUCUGCAUGUCACGCAUACUAUUUACAGGAGGAUGCUCCAACAUAUUGGGUAUCAAGCAAAGAAUUAUCGAUGAUCUUACAGCUAUUGUGGAGAAGAGAGGAUGGGAGCCUGUGUUUGGUAAGGUGGUGGAGAAGCAUCGCAGCUCUGCGAGACUUCAUCAACAAUCCAGCGCUUCAUCUCCAACUGAAAGUUCUCCGCCGGCAUCGCAAGCUGAGGAUGAUCAAGACAAACCAUCCAAGAGCGCAGCCGAUGCAAAGCCCGAGCAUGAUCCGAUCGAGGCAAAGGUUGUGCGACAACGGGAGACGGUCCCACAACUCAAGGGCCAGAUACGCGUGCUUCAUACGCUCGGUCCUUGGAUUGGCGGCAGUCUACUCUGUCAGCUCAAGGUGCCUGCCAUGGCAAUAAUCGAUCGGGAAGCAUGGCUACAACAGGGUGUUAAUGGAGCUUCUCGACCCAGUGAAGUGGACUACAAGGCGCAGCAACGACAAAGCGUGCAGGCUGGAGGAUAUGCUCGUGGAGGCGGAGGGCAUCACGGCAACUGGACAUUGGGAGUAUGGGGCUCGAUAUAG